UUCCAUCUUUGCUGUUGAAUGUUGCCCAAGCUCAUUGUUAGUCUGAGGUUCUCAUUGUUUGUACACUAGGCACUUUUCUACCCAAACAUGGAGUAGGAUAAUUAAAGACAAAGUAGGCCUGUAAGAGGGAUGCUGUUAGACAUCAGUGAGAGCCCCUUUCUUGAACUCUGUAUAUUCAAGGGUCUGUCCCUCACAAAGGCCUUUUCCUACCUCAAGGCUUCACACUGGUAGUUCCUUCUGCCUGGAAUGCUCUUCUUCAUUUCUUCGCUUGACUAACUUUUUCGCUUGACUAACUUUUUCGUGUCUUUCAAGCAUUAGCCUAGGUAAAAGUUUCUUCUCUUGACCACUCUUGCCACUCAGCCCCAGAAACUGUGUAGUCUUUCCCAUAGAACCUACUGUGGUCUACAUCUUCUCUCUAUAUAUAUACUUGCUUUUCAUCUGUUUCCUCCACUAGUAUGUAAGCCUGAGGGUGGACACUUUGUCUCUGCUACUUAGCACUGUAUUCCUAGUCUCUUGCGGCCCCCAGCAUAUAGCAGGUGCUCAGGAAGUGUUUGCUAAGCAAAUGAGAACAUCUAUAUAUAUCAAAAUAGAAACAUUUCCUUGAUACAGUGUUAGGUUAAUAAUAAUAAGAAGAAAACUUUGGCACAGAUAUAUACCAUUUUGGAGAGAAAGGUCAUAUAUUUGAAUUUUUAUAUUAGCGGGUAUAAUUUCUGUGACUUUUAAAUGUCAAAAAAGGGAAAAUAGAAUGAGAGGCUAACCCAUAAAUAACUUUAGGUUAAUAGGAAUGAUACAGCAACAUUAGGGUUUGAGUCAGAUUCUUGUUCUAUUAAAUUACCAACAACUUUUACUGAAUUUCAAGGAACUGAAUUUUAUAUGCAUGGGAAACUAUGUCAGAACUUCUGUUUCCCCCUCUAGAUCACUUUAAGUGAUGGCCUGAGUGGUGUGAAGGCAAAUCCAAACUAACCUCUUGAUGAAAAUUAGGUCCCAGAAGAUCUACUUUUCUCAGUAGGUGUAAAAACUCAUCGAUGGGUGAAAGAAUGUGUUACUAGUUGGUGGAGAAAAUGGGAGAUGUGGAUUAUGGAAUGAAAAUUUGAGAAGAGUUUUAAAACGGCUUUUUGUAGAGUUUACUUCUGAAAUUGAGAGAAAGACAUCAUGUAUUAACGUGAACCUCACGGUUCAAGAAACUAAGCUCUUGUGCUUUCCUGUUAAAAAAACUUUCUUCCAGACUGAGUCAGGAACUAAGCCCUCACAUUUAUAUUCUUGCCCUGUGGCCUAUUUUUUUACUGCAGAAACUGAUUAAUGGAUACACCAGUCCCUGAGUAAUCAAAUCUAAUUUUAACAUGAGAGUAUUUGCCUCUAAAACUGGAAGUCUCUAUCCAGUGGUUCUCUUCAUAAAAUAUCAACAUCGCAUCAGACAAGCAAAAAUCAUUUGACAAAGAAACUUCAUCAAGGCAGGCAUCAAAAUGCACAUUUUUGGUUUUGAGUGGCCUGAAGUGCAAAGUACUUUGCUUUAGAUUCUUACUUUACUUUGCCUGGGUAGGCAAGGCCCAUAUUUUUAGCCUCUAGAUGCUCUUCUAAAUUCAGUUUGAGCUAUGUGACCUUCAAUCAGUCACUGGAUCUUGAUUAACCGUCCAGCCCUGUUCUAGAUGUUAGUGACACAGGGAUGAGCAAGGUAGUUGCUCAUGGAAGUGACCUUUCAGUGGAUGUAGAGACAGAAAGCACUUUUGGGAAGCACUUCAAUAAACCCAAUAAAUAAGUGCAGAUACUGAUGUGUUUAAGUAUCUAUAGACUUUUUGAAAAGAGAAAAACAGAAUCCUGGGAAAAUAUUCUGGGGACAGAUGGGAAAUAUAAAGAACAACCCUACAACACCCGGAGGUAGGGGCGGUUCCAGACAGUAGGAGUAGCUAGUGGAAAGACCCUGCCCUUGCAGGACCUGAAAGUGAGCCACCCCCCCAAGUGUACCUCACUCUAUACCUGCCCCUGUGCAAAGUCUCCAGGGGGAGCAUGGCUGGGGGUGUUCAAAGUUCAUAAAAAAGGCAGAUAAGAUAGAAGCAUAUGGAUGACAGAUGAAGGAACUUGAAUAAAUGAAUAUGAAAGGCAAGUAGGGACAAUAGAUGAAGAGUCUUAUAGGCCAUAGUUGAGAAUUAAUUUAAAUACUGUAGACAGCCACAGAGGGGUUUAAAGUAGGGUCUAAUACCUGAUCUUUCCUUUUAAAAUUUUAUUCUAGGUGUGGCAUGGAUAGUAGAUUGUAUGGAGCCUUGAGAGUCAGCAGGAGCCAAAGCGGAGAGAGACCAUGAGUGGUGAAAUUCACAAGAAAAAUAUUCUGGGCUUUUCAGAAGAUCAAGAUGGUCCUAUUUUCUCAGAAAGACUCAACAUUGCUUGAGGAGCUACCCAGUCUCCAUCCCCAUCCAGUUACAUCUCUAUGGUCUCUUUGAAACAAGGCGGCCAGAAUGAUUCUCCAUGUAGGUAAGUCAGAUCAUCUCCCACUUCAAGCAGAGCUAAAGCCCUCAUAAUGUCCUACAAGGUCCUUCCCACAUGAUCUGCUUCCCUGCCUUCACCAGCCACAGUUGCUUCUUGGCCUCAUCUCCAACCACUCUCUCUCACUCCAAUCUUGUCACUGAAGCCGCAUUGGUGUUCUUAUAACAUACCAGGAACACUCCCACGUUAGGAGCUGGGCCCUUGCUAUUCCCUCUGAAAACAGGCUACUCCCCAGAGGUCUGCAUGGCUUCCUCCUUGGCCUUCUUGAGGUCUUUGCUCAAAGGUGACUUCUGACGGGAAUCUUCCUUAACCACCAUUUCCAGCUCCCUUGCCAUGCACAGACUCCCACCCUACUUACCGGCUUUAUCUCUCUCCAUAGCACUUCCUAGAACCUGACGCAUCAUAUAUUUGACUCAUUUUUUUGUCUACAUACAAGCUCCAGGAAAGUGAGAAUAUUUUUUUGUUUUGUCCACUGCUGCAUUCCUAGCACCUAGGACAGGGCCUCGCAAAAAGUAGACACUUAAUAAUAUUAAUCAAAUGAAUUGAUGAAUUUACACUGCGUAGUACUUGUAUAUCUAUGUUCUCUCUGAGUGACCUGGUGUACUGCAGUUUAACCAUUGCCAUAUACAGGGACUUACCUAUGCUUGUGGUAUCUUGUGACCUUGAUAAAUUUACUUCUCUGAGCUUUGAUUUCCUCCUCUAUAAAAUACGAAUAGUAGUUGUCCCUACAUUUUAUAGGGCUGUUUGUGAAUUCACAUAUUUAAAAGAAUGUAAAGUGUUUAGCACUGUGCUUGGUUUAAAGUAAGUUCCUAAUAGUAUAAUUAUGAUUUCUCUCAUUAAUCUAAUCAGGGCGUCCAUUGAUCGGAAGUGGACUCUUUUUUUUCUUAAAGUUUUAUUAAGGUAUAAUUGAUGUACAGCACUGUAUAAAUUUAAGGUGUACAGCAUAAUGAUUUGAUUUACAUACAUCGUGAAGUGAUUUCCACAAGUUUAGUGAACAUCCAUCAUCUUAUACAGAUGCAAGACUACAGAAGUAGAAUUUUUUCUUGUGAUGAGAACUCUUAGGAUUUACUGUCCUAACAAUUUUCACCUGUACCAUACAGCAGCAUUAAUUAUAUUUAUGUUGUUUGUUAUACCCCUAGUGCACUUAUUUACCUUCUAACUGGAAGUUUAUACCUUUCGACUGUAUUCUUCCAAUUCCCCCUGUCCCUACCCCCUACUCCUGUCUCUGGUAACUACUACAAAUUUGAUCAUUUUCUAUGAGCAGAAAUGGACUUCUGAGAAGAACAAACAAUUGAGAGUAUAGAAAUUUACUUUAAAACCUAAUAAUGCUAGCUUUUGGCAAUUAUCUCUUCACAACAGAAUAUAAGACACUUUAAUUUUUGGAGAAGUCAGUUAAUGUCUUCAGAAAAAAAAAAGGUGUCAUUCUUCAGAGGUGUGGGGAUCUUUCUCUCUGCAUUUCCAUUUGCUAGCUGGUCUUGAAAAUAAAGUUUGCUCAAUAAAUUUUGUUGACUAAACAAAUGAAAGAAUGAAUCCCAGUGGGCAUAAGCAAGUUUAUAUUUACUGAAAAGCUGCAAUUUGUUAGGUAUGGCCGUAGGCACUAAGAGUAUAAAAAAGCGCAUUUGCCAGUGGAUGGGGGGGUUAUUUCAAGACCUUCACAAAGUCAUCACUGAGUUUGGGGGACAUAUUUUUAUUUUAAAUGUAGUCUUUUAACUGGGGGAGGGGGAAUUUGGAUUCAUCACCUUGGGCAAAGUACAAAAACUCCAGAAAGACGUCUUUGCCGUAAUUUCUCUGAAGAGCUUUUCAAAGAAACAAAACAUCAAUGGUUUAUCAGGUAGACAUCAAAAGUGCAGCAGCAGGCAGACAAAUGUGGGAAACCCUAUGGUGAUUCAAGACGUCAAUGUUCUGGGGUCCCCACACCUAUUGCUAACCAUGAAUGAUUCCAUAUUUGGUAUUGAAUGAGAGCCUGAUGGUGGGCCAUGCAACUGGAGACAGAGAAAAGGCCUGACCUUGCUUAAGACUGGAGUAGAAUCUAGCUCUGCAUUCUGAUCCUGAGCAAGAUUAUCCUGAGCCUCAGUCCUUACCACAAAAUUAUGGUUUUAAAAACUGGCCUCCUUGAAAUGAGCAAAUGGGUGAAAAAAUUUUCCAUCUCCUAGAAACCACUGGACAGUUAGGACUGUGGUUUUGACAGCAUGCCUUCUGAGUUCCUGCCUGCACUGUGCAGGGGACACAGAGAACAGUAAUCCCAGAGGGAUCCCUGCCCUUAGCAAGCACAGUCCACUUCCAAGAUUUUAUCCCCAGGACAUCGUUCAGCAGAAGCAAAAAUACAUUUGCAGGGAGGUUUGUAACAACAAUAACAAAACUGGACACCACCCAGAUAUUUACAAAAGGCAGAAUGGUUUUAUAAAUGAUGCAGCCCAACAUAAUGAUUAGAAAGAAGACCCAGCCUAUUCACGCCUACACCCUGGCAGCAUCAGCGUGGGCCCCAGAGAUGGUGGUUUGUUUGAAGGGAGGCUGGGGACCCUGCCUCAAGGGGGUAACUGCUUGGAGGCUGGACAAAGGGGUGUGUGAUGGUGACAGGUCACAAAGGACUGCGGAGGAUAAAGGUGAUGGCGCCAAGAGACUUAGGCAGAGCCCCGCAGGGAGAGGGGCAGUUGCCUUCCCUCCCUCUCUCGGCGACUCAGUUUGUGGCUGGUGGAGCUAUCUUGCAUGAAGAGAACCAUGAGCAGUGAAUGUUUGUUACCUUAUUACACGGCCAACAGCUACCGUUCAAUGGGUGUGUUCAAUACUUCCAUGGGGGACCUGCAACGACAGCUGUACAAGGGGGGAGAGUAUGAUAUUUUCAAGUACGCACCCAUGUUUGAGAGCGACUUUAUCCAAAUCAGCAAGAAAGGAGAGGUGAUUGACGUCCACAACCGAGUCCGAAUGGUGACUGUGGGCAUUGCAUCCACCAGCCCCAUCCUCCCACUACCUGAUGUCAUGUUGCUGGCCCGACCAACGAAAGUCUGCGAAGAGCAUGUCCGAUACACCCGGCCCACCAAGGGGAGAGGUCGCAAGCCCGCCAAGACCCUAGAGCUCACCAGGCUGCUUCCCUUGAAGUUUGUUAAGAUCUCCAUCCACGACCGCGAGAAACAGCAGCUGCGCCUGAAGCUUGCCACUGGCCGUACUUUUUAUCUGCAGCUGUGCCCCUCUUCAGAUGCACGAGAAGAUCUCUUUUGCUAUUGGGAAAAGCUUGUCUAUCUCCUGAGACCACCAGUAGAGAGCUGCAGCAGUACCCCAACGCUCCAAACUGGAGACGUGACAACAGAGGAUGACAAAAGCCUAUUAUUGGUAAAGCACCACAGAGAAAGGGAUCAGGAUGAGGUUGAGCUUCAGAAGCUUCGGGACGUGUCUGGAGCAGGCUCUGGUGCUUACGUCGGGGGAGAGGGAAUCCAGCAUGUGCCCCAGGGCUCAGAUCUAGCCAAGAAAAGUGCCGAAGGAGCAGCAGCAGCAGGCACCACUGAGGGCCUGGGCCUGGCUGUAGCAGGGUCCAGAAUGAGCACUGGAGGAGGAGUGGCAGUGGCGGGGGUGGGAACAGGCUCUACCACGGGCGCUGUGAGCUUGGCGGCAACCAAGAGCACAGGCACCAGCCAGGUGAGCAUGGCCCUAGCGGGAGCUACCACCAAAAGUUCUGGAGAAAGCAGGGCCAGCAAGGCCAUUGCGGGUGCUGCCAACAUAUCCUCGGAAGGUACGAACCUGGCCCUCGUGGGUGCUGCCAGCACAUCCUCAAUGGGCGGGGAUAGUCCAGAGAGCAGCACAAGCUUGGUGUUUGCAGGCACGGUGACCACCGGUUCGCCUGCUGCAGGAAGAGCCGAAGGCCAGGCUGCACCCCCCCUCGUCUCCACCUUGCAGAGUGAAGGCUACAUGUGUGAAAGGGAUGGAAGCCAGAAGGUCUCCCACCCCAGCACUGGAGCCCGGAAGGAAAAAAAGGAAAGAAGAGAAAGGAAGGACAAGUCUUCAUCUAGGAAAAGUUCCCGCCAUCGCAGGACGGGUGAAAGCCACCACAGGACAGGAGGGGACAAGACCCGGAAAUCAUCCUCCCACAGGUCCUUAUCCGACCAUGGGAACAGAGAUGACAAAAAAGAAAAGGGGCAGAGCGGCACCAGGGGCAGAGGACGUGGCUCUCACAAGGGUGGCAGCCGCAGCUCCACCACCAAGGAGGGGAGGGCAACUCACAAGCUGGGCAAGAGCAGGUCUACCACCAGCUCGGGUACCUUAAGUAAGAAAUCCAGUAAGAUCACCUCUUUCUUCAGGAGCAUCAGAGUCAUUCCUGGUUCAAAAACAGCGGUCACACACGACAGAGAGGUAGACUUUGUGGCUCAGGCAGUAGAGAAACGCAACCUAGAGGCCAGGGUAGAGAAAGCCCCGGUGGGCCAGGACCUGGAGAUCUGUGGUACCAUGAGGUCCGAGACGAUGGAGACCAUCAUCAUUGAGACCAAAUCCAUUUAGAUAGAAGCCAAGGCAGGAGAUGCCAUGGGGACCCAGCCUCAGGGAAGGCUCCCUGGAGAGUCAAUUCCAGCUUUCUUUAAUAAACUAUACAACUCCAAAAGAAAGCCUAUCUUCUGUUUGAAUGUCUAUGUCCCCUUGACUGGUAGUGACUUCACAGUGGCUUCUGUGAUGUGACCUGUGCUGCAGCCUGAGACCCCCAGCCUCCAGUCAAGUAGAGCCGCACCUCUCACUCAUGCCCACCAGAGCCAGCCUAAGUGCCCUGCCCUGCAUCGACCCCUCUCUGCCUUUGGCUUCCCCAAGAGUCUGCUGCAAGUCACAGACUAUAGGCUGGGGAGCAUCACCAUCACCCCCGUCCCCAUGUCCAACUUCUUCCUGAAGGUCCCUAAACAGGGUUAUUCUGUUCAGUCCAUAGACUAAGUGAAGACAGGACAGGAUAAUCGGGGAGGGGGGGAACGAGGGGGUGCAGCACCAUGCAUAAGCAAUCAGAAGAGCAAAGUUUCUCAUCUUGGUCAGAAAUUGGCAGCCUGGGGGCCCAAUCUUGCCAACUGCCUGGUUUUAUAAAUAAAGUUUUAUUGGAAUAUAGAUACAGCCAUUCAUUUAUAUAUUGUAUAAGGCUGCUUUCACAUUAAAGUGACAGAUUUGAGUGAUUGAGUCAGAAACCGCAUGGCCUGCAAAGUCUAAAAUAUUUAUUCUCGGGCAUUUGGCUGAAAAGGUUUGUUCACCCAGAUCUAAGAUUAAUAAUUCUUUUCCCCCCUGGAUAUAUAUUCUGGAGAAACUCUCACAUGUGCUUGCCAGGAGACACCUAGGAGAAUGUAUAUAGUCAAACAAUGUGUAAAACAAAGUCUUAUUGUAUAGCACAGAGGGCUAUAUUCAGUGUCCUAUGAUAAACUACAAUGGAAAAGAAUAAUAAAAAAGAAGUCAUGUAUAACUGAAUCACUUUGCCGUACAGCAGAAAUUAGCACAACCUUGAUAAUCAACUAUGAUUCAAUUAAAAAAAAAUCAACUUGUAAUAGCAAAGCCCUGGAAAGAGUCCAAACGUUCAUCAAACAGGACAACUGAUACAUUGUGGUACAUGCCUGCAGUGCAUAUUAUACAACAGUGAAAAUGACAGCAGCCGGAGUUCCCGUCGUGGUGCAGUGGUUAACGAAUCCGA